GCAGCCCAGCCUCGGCAAGAGCUCGCUGCUAUUUUCUGCUCUCUGUGGGCUGUCCCCCGUGUCCCAGCGUGGGUGGCUCCGCCUCGGGCAGCGCUGCUUGAGGGCUCGGCUGGAUUUGCUGUCACUCCCGCCGGGGCGGGGGGACACGGGCAGGGAGCAGAGGAUGCUCCGUUGUCACCGCAGCGUGUGCUCAGCACGGAUGGACUGACCGACACUCUCCUCCCGGCUGGACAUGGACAAGCGCGGCUCGUGUGGCUCCAGGAUGGCCAGGGGGGUGCUGGCACCUGUGCGGGCUGCCAGCUGUGCCCAGCUGCUCAGCAGCAGCAGACAUUGCCCUUGGAAAAUGAACCAGCUUCCUCCAAAGAGUGCUGUGGCAUCCCCUGUGUCGGAGAGCACGAAUUCCAGAGGAGAAGCUUUGGACAACUUGUCAAUGGACAGUUUUUGGCUGGAAGUGGAGAAUAUUAAACAAAGCGCUGAAGCCGAGCAGGAGGAAUGCAGCCUUGCAGAUGUCAAAACACAGGAGGAGGGAGAGGCCGAGGCCGAGUGGCUGCAGGACGCGGGGCUGGCCGAGCUGCUCGGGGAGCCGGCGGGGGACAAGGACAACCUGGUGCUGCUGUCCACGCUGACCAGGACGCAGGCGGCGGCCGUGCAGCGCCGGCUGGACACGUACUCGCGCUCGCGCCGCAGGAGGAACAAGCACCCCGUGCGCGAUGUGCGCGACAUCUUCGCUGCCAGCAGCUCCCAGGACACAGCAGCAGAGAAAGAGGAGCCCAGCACAGAUCCACUGUGGCACAAUCUACGGACUUCAAACACCCAGAGAACAGAAACCCAGGAUUAUUCCUGCACAGUUCGAAACCCUGGGAAGGAGGAGGUGUUCAACAUGGAUGUUGCCUACUCAGAGCAAGCAGCUGUCCUGCUCAAGGGAUCCUUCCUGUCUGAAUCCAGGAAGUUAAAGGAUGGAAAUGCCCUAACAAGAUUUAAGAUCCCGAAGGGCAGACUAGGAGUGACCAGGAUUGGAGAUCUGUCAGCUCAGGACAUGAAGAAGAUCCCCACACUGGCCCUCAUUGAACUUACAGCUCUCUGUGAUAUCCUGGGCUUUGAGCUGAAGAGAAAUAAAGCAGCAAAACUGAAAACAACAGAGAAAAGACUCUUUGGAGUUCCACUCAACACCCUGUUGGAAAAUGACCAAAAGCUGCUGCCCAACACCAAGGUCCCUCUGCUGCUCCAGGCACUGCUGUCCUGCCUGGAGAAGAGAGGGCUUGAAACAGAGGGCAUCCUGAGAGUUUCUGGGUCCCAGACCAGGAUUAAGAGCCUGGAGCAGAAGCUGGAAAGGGACUUCUACAGCGGGCUGUUCCGCUGGGAUGAUGUGCACCAGAACGACGUGUCGGGGCUGCUCAAGAGGUUCAUCCGCGAGCUGCCGGCCCCGCUGCUGACUGCAGAGUACCUGCCUGCCUUUGCUGCUGUUCAGAAUAUUCCAGACCUGAAGCAAAGAUUGCAAGCUCUAAACCUCCUGAUCCUGAUUCUGCCAGAGUCCAACAGAAACACUCUGAAGGCCCUUCUUGAGUUUCUCAGCAAGGUGGUUGCCAGGGAAAAAAACAACAAAAUGAACCUCUGGAACGUGUCCACAGUCAUGGCCCCAAAUCUCUUCAUGCACAAGGGGCUGCCAAACAAGAUCCCCGAGGGGAAGGAGAAGCAGCUGGCGGAGGGGGCGGCUGACGUGGUGCGGAUGAUGAUCCAUUACCAGGACCUGCUCUGGACUGUCUCCUCUUUUCUGGUGGCUCAGGUGAGAAAGCUGAACGAGAGCAACAGCAGAAGGUACCAGUUCUGUGACAAGAGGAUCAAAAAUCUGCUGCGCAAGAUUCACGCUGAUAAAGACAAGGUGGAAAAGAACCAGGGAGAGCCUUCCAAGGUUGUGAAAGUCCACGCCUCACUCCUCCUGAAGGACUCUCUGGAGGUGCACUUGAACAAUGCAACCAGGGUUGCCGACGUCCUGAGGCAGUUUCAGAAGAACCUGUGCCAGAAUGGCUGGAAUAUUGUUAACACUGUCAACCUCCUCAAAUGUAACAACUCCACAGAGUGCACAAACCUGCUCCUGUAUGAAGUGGGAGGCAAUAUUGGUGAACAUUGCCUGGACCCAGACACUUACCUCUUGGACUUGUACCACAUCAACCCCCAUGCUGAGUGGAUAAUUAAGCAAAACCCAUCUUGCCCUCGGAUGUUCUAAGGAAAACACGAGCAAAACAAAGCCCUUGGUUGCAGUGUUUGGAAGGUGUGGAAAUAGAGACUUUCCUGUUGCAGUGUCAGAGCAGACACUGCUUGUUUCUUGGGAGGAAAAGCACCUUUAUGAACUGCUUCCAUGGCAGCUGCAGUGAGAGCACAGUGGCCUGAAACAAACGGCAAUUAUCAUGGUGUAGCAGAGUUUGCAGGGGGAAUGGCUGUUCCUAAACAAAAUAUCCCCCAAAACAAACCCUGAAGGCAAAGCUGCAGUGGUUGUGCAGCAAAGAUGGAACUGAAGAAGAAAAAGACUAUCUUGAAUAUGGUGGAAGGCAUUUGUGCAUCCUGGAUUUGCUCUUUCUUUUGGGGGAGAGACAAUGAAAUGCUGCAGUGGUACUAAGGACAUCCCUUGGGUAAGGUCCAUGAUUGCCUGUGGCAUUUCACCAGAGGAUUUUAUGAUCCUGGGCUUCACUAUUAAGGUCCUGUUCUGUUCUUUGAAGAAUGAGAAAGGAUGUUUCCAAAAAGGCCAGAUGGGAUGUGACACCAGCACAUCAUGUAUUUCAUGACUGCAGUUAAACACAUACUUGCAACAUAAAAAUAUAACUUUCCUUGAAAAAAGGUGUGGAAAAUGCAGCAGCCUUUCAGAUGUUCAGUGUGACAGGAAGGUGCCUGUCCCAUGCUGGUAAUGCACACCCAAAUUACCACUGAUGAGGGUCAAACAUGCAUUUAUUUUGAUGGACAAGCUAAAUAUCAACAGACAACACAGGAAAUAUGCUGAAGCUGAUGUGAGGUUGGUAAUCUGACCUGGCUUUGUGAACUGGACUUCUUUCUGGAAGAUUCUGUGUGAAUGUGUUUGUUCAAUAUCAACAAAGCUCCCCUGAGCUGUGAGGUGGCUGAGCUGGGCUGAGCCCUCCCUGCUCUGGCUGCACAUUCCCAUUGCACCCAGCACAGCCUGG